CCCUUUGUAAGUCGAAAACAUUAAAAAAUUUGUGACUUUGUGGCGUUUUGGACACUGAACAUUGACCAAAAGUUUCUUUUGAUUACAAGACUUAAUGUUUUCGCAAAUUGAAUAAUCGAUUCUCUCUGAUUAUCCUAUAGUGCUAAAGUUUAAGGAUAUACGCUCCCGAAAGGUGUGGCAUCGUUCGCCAGGUUUGUGAUGGUUCAAUUUUUCACGUUCUUAAGUCCCCGAUUAUAAAGUGGAAGAAUUAAGUCGUGAAGUAAAAAUCCAGGAGUCGCCAUUUUGUCUGUAAGACCGGCUGUGCAAUUGAAUAGAAAAUUCACAAAAAUAAGCACUUACGCAAAAUCGUUCCAAUUGAAAGGUGAAGUGUGAAAAUUCUAAUCUCAGAACUUAUAGAGCAGUCGAAAUUGGAUAUCGAUUAUUGUGCACAGUGAUUACCAUCGACACUUUCAACCAAUCGAUAUGAAAAUAGAGUUCGGUUGUUGAAACAGGAAUAAUAAAUUACCGAUUUGAAAAUGACCUACGAUACUGGUGGCCGUGCACAAGAGCCACCCGAGAAACAAAACGAUGGACAGCCAUUACAUCCAGCGGAACCGAUUGAGUUAACCCCAGAAGAGCUACUUAGUAGUUUUCCCGAUGACAAGUUAGCGUCACUCAACACAAAAAUUUCCAGUUCGCGGUGGAUUGUUCCAGUCCUACCCAAUCAAGAACUGGAAUGUCUACUCAACGCAUCCAUUAGGUUAUCGCAAGCUGGAAUCGAUUAUGAAAGUGAAGCCUGCAUGAAGUUCUAUCGAGAUGGACUGACUACAUCUUUCAUAAAGAUUCUCACCGACGAAGCUGUCACUUCAUGGAAAUACAAUAUACAUCACUGCAUUCUAAUAUCGUGCAGCAAGCUUUUGCAUCUGAUAGCUCUUCACAUGCAAAAGGAUAAUCCCUACUUACUGAAUCUGUUAGCGGUUGUGUUGGACCCUGAAAACAAGUUCCAUACACAGAAUGCAACACGACAACAGGAAUUACACUUGUCACUAGGUGAAACAGAAGAACCGCUCCCCGAAUCGCAUGCCUUUGCUCGAAUGCCGCCUGAACCAAAGCAUCCCCGCGGUUGGCUAGUAGAUUUGAUCAAUCGGUUUGGUUUCCAUAACGGUUUUGACAAUUUGCUCGAACGUAUUAAUAUUGGAAUAGAUCUAUUUCGCAAGCAGUGUGAAAGUGAUCCAGAGAAAGCUAGCAAGAGCCCUUCAUCAAAAUCUCUAGAUGACGUAGGUAAAUCUAAAACCAGCAACAUAUCUACGCCAGCAGAUGAAGAUUCCGGAAAAUUAACCCUUGCCAUCUUGCACGUUUUGCUGAGACCGUUCGGUCAGUGCGCUGAACUGCUCACUGUACCUACUGUUGAGAAGUAUUUUAUGCCGAUUUGGAGUGUUGUUUUGGAAAUUUUAGAAAAUCUAUCAGAUGAUGAACUUAAACGCGAAGCCAAAUUCGAGGGAAAAAAUGACGUCAUCACCGGAAUAGUGAAGUACGCCCGUGCCCUGAUCAACCGGGUACCAAAUCAAGAGAAUCUUCUAAGAAGUUUAGAGAUGUGCCGUUUAAGAAUAAUUCUGCGUGUAUUGCAAAUAUCUAGCUUCAAUGGAAAAAUGAACGCCUUGAAUGAGAUCAAUAAAGUAUUAGGAUAUGUUUCAUACUAUCCUCAUCGUCAAAUGGCAGAGGACGAAAUGGAAGUUUUGAACGCAGAAAAAAUCGCGAUUUGGAUACGAGAAAACGAUGUCCUCGGAAUAGUCUUACGCGAUUCCCUUCACCAGCCACAGUACGUAGAAAAAUUAGAAAAAAUUCUACGCUUUCUAAUCAAGGAGAAAUCCCUAACAUUUGAUGACUUGGACGCUGUAUGGAGGGCACAGGCUGGCAAACACGAAGCAAUAGUGAAAAAUGUUCAUGAUUUGUUGGCCAAAUUAGCUUGGGACUUCAACGCUGAACAGUUGGAUCAUUUGUUCAAAUGUUUCCAAGCUAGUAUGAAAACCGCCAAUAAAAAACAACGUGAGCGAUUACUUGAGUUGAACCGAAGGCUUGCAGAAGAUGACAAAAACGGUGUUAUGGCCCAGAAAGUUUUAAAACUAUUCUGGACACUUGCGCAUAGCGCUGAUAUUCCACCGGAAGUUUUGGAUCAAGCUUUAGCAUCCCACGUAAAAAUUCUGGAUUACAGCUGUUCACAGGAACGCUUUGCCCAAAAAACCAUGUGGCUAGACAAAUGUGUUGAAGAGCUCAAAUCUGGGGAUGAUUGGGCACUGCCGGCUUUAAGAUUGAUACGAGAAAUUUGCACUUUGUAUGAGACAACUUCCAGUCACGCACCACGUGUGCAGAUGUUAACUCGACAACAGGUAAUUGAUAGGCUCCAAAAUGAACACACUCUAGUUAUCCUGGUAACCACAAGCUUGACUAAGUAUAUGGAUAGAGUACGAGCACAAGUCAAGCAAAAUCCAUCGUUAGAUCCAAUGAACUUUUUUCCUGACAAACGAUAUCCACAUCCUCAACAAAUUCAAGAAAGAUUGGAAUUUUUAAAGUUCCUUUUGAAGGAUGGUCAGCUUUGGCUGUGUGCAGAGCAAGCGAAACAAAUUUGGCAAUGUUUGGCAGUGAAUGCUGCGUUUCCCAGUGACCGCGAGGAAUGCUUCCGUUGGUUUGGAAAAUUAAUGGGAGAUGAACCAGAUUUAGAUCCUGGUAUCAAUAAAGAUUUUUUCGAAAACAAUCUACUGAAACUAGACCCUGUUCUACUAACGGAGAGUGGAAUCAAAUGUUUCGAACGUUUCUUCAAAGCGGUAAAUUCUAAGGAGGAGCGUUUGAAAGGAAAACAACGAGGCUAUGUACUCGACAAUGACGAUCUGAUUGGGAAAGAUUAUUUAUGGCGCGUGAUAACCGACGCAGAUGAAGAAAUUGCCUGCAAAGCUAUUGAUCUUCUGAAAGAAGUAUCAACUGCCCUCGGACCAAGAUUGCAGGCAAAUGUUUGUGAAUUUCAUGAAAAUUUCAUUGGUGACUGCUGUGAUAGGCUGCAAAAUUACUACGAGACUGUUAAGACAUUAACUAAUUUAAUUGAAGAAAACAAAAAGAUCGUAGAGGAUGAUAUUAUUUCGAGAAGGCUGCAAACGGCGGAAAAAAUGUGUCGUGUCGUAAGAACGCUCCAGGAGUACAUUAAAGAAUGUGAUAGGAACUAUUCAGGCGAUCGGAUGCUUCUACCAUUAAGCCGCGCAUCGCGAGGAAAGCACAUUGUUUUGUCCAUACGUUUCCAGAAUCCCGGUGGCCGACCUUUGGAUGAAAUGGAGGUGUCCACACAUAAUAAUGAAACGAUAUUUUCUUUCAAACGCAAUUUAUUACGAAGGAUUAAAGCAACAACUAACAACCUGAAAAUAGAUUUAUCGAAUUGUAAUGGAGAACUGAUUGAAAUAAUCGAUGAUCGUCACCCGCUUUCGAAUUACAAUAUACGCGAUAAAGCAAUCAUAAGCGUCAAACUAACGCCGAAUGGCUCUGGAUUAGCCAGUUCUCCAGAUAGUUCUAGCGAUAGCAGCUCAGGAUCGCCUCCUAGACCCUGUCCAGACAUGAUGAGAUCCGAAUCGGAAGAUGUCCUUCCUGGCGUAAUUAUUUCGCAAAAAGCACCUUACAUAGAUUUCUUUCUCAAACUGUACCAAUUAGGUAGCGAUCUUCAACACGGAUUAUUACGAGACAGUUGUGGUAUGUUGUUACACCUCUUACCGAUGGAUAGAUUAACUGUUAAUAACAUACAGGCGCUGUUCAAUGCCAAUAAAUCUGACCUCACAAAUUGUGCGCUAGUUACAAAUAAUGGCGCGGUUGCUCGUACUCCCGAGUCUCUGUUCAUCGAUCCCAGUCCGGCUCGUGUAUUUUACAAUCUGGAAGUUUUGUAUGCCAUGCUAGUUCCGGCAUUAGAUCCCGGAUCAGAAGCCACACUUCAUUUGCAAUCCAGCUGGUUACAUUGUGGUGCAGCUCACUUUAUUUUAGAAUUGCUGACAAAAAACAACUUUCUUACUGCUGCCGAUAUGCACACGAAACGUGCCGCUUUUCAUUGUGUGCUCAAACUAGUCAAGUUUUUUCUGUACAUUGUCGGAUGCGUGCUCAGUAAAGUGGGAAAUGAUCCGUUGAAUUAUCAACCAGAUAUGGAUCGCUCCCAAGUGGAUAUUCUCAAACAAGCCAUUCAAAUGAUUCCUGGAAACUCGGAGCUAACCAUACGUUCUAUGGCGCUUAAACUGGCCCAUAAUAUUUCCGAUCAAAUGUUGUCGGCCGGUGCACAAGGUGAACGAACUCGUAAUUUGUUUAAAAGUGUUUUGCUAUGGAAUUUACCAGAUAUGCCAACCAUUAAAGCAAUUGUUAACCUCGCAUGGGCAGCAUCAGGGAAUAAUCUACAAUCUAUUGGCAGUCCUGUUGACUUCAGUCAAAAUGUCAAACCGCCAGAACCAGCAGAUUACGCAGUUUGUCGAGAAGCACUUGAGGUGUUGUGUAUUUCAUUAAUUCUGAAUUAUAAUGCCUAUGAUACACUUAGUCGCGAUAGUUCUUGGUCAAGCUUUAUAAAAUCGUUAGUUUUAUCUAAUCCUUCCCGUCAUAUACGGCAAACAGCGUACGAGCAGCUGUUUCUCAUAAGUACUUACUGCGCCUCGGAUCGUCGACCCUUCCAGUUCAUGGUUAACUUGUUGGUGAAAUUGCUGCAUUCAGUUAUUCCGCAAUACCAAAGCACAUGUGCAGAUUGUUUUCAACUAUUUUGUCGCAUUCUAAGCUACGGUUGCUCUAUGAAUUGGCCAUUGCCUAAUUGUGAGGAGUUGCUGUCACAGGAAGUGGACUGGCUACGCGCAAUUCGGGACAGUGUUAAAACCACUGGUGGUAUACAGGUCCAUGACGAUCUGCUAGAAGGUCAUUUAUGCCUUACGAAGGAGCUUAUGUGCUAUUUGAGUCCCGAAGAGAAAUCUCAACGGUGCGAUCUGAUACUGGAAAUCACCGACGAUUAUCUCUUCAGUGCUUCUCGCCAAUAUCUACAUCUUCGACGUAAUGGGCAAAUUUUGAACACUAGUGCCCCACCACCGGUUUGUCGCAAUCCGCACACAAUCUCCGCAGCUUGUGACUUGUUGGUUGCCUUAUGCCAGAACUCAGUAGAUAAUAUGAAAAUUUUGGUACAAACUUUGCUGGAUAUGUUUUGCGCCGAUUUAGAACCACUACGUGAGUGGGAGUUUCUGCCACCCGUUGGACCGCGCCCGUCGCAAGGGUUCAGCGGGUUGAAGAAUGCGGGCGCUACUUGUUACAUGAAUUCGGUGCUGCAGCAACUGUUCAUGGUGUCAUCUUUGCGACUUGGAAUACUUUCUGCACAAGGUGCCGCCACAGAUUUGAGCGAGGAUUUUAGUGGAGAAAUCGAUACUCAUGUAAUUGCAAACCGCGUAGCUACUAUCCGAGGGCAAUUGAAUAAUUUUAACAUGUGUCUUUUUUUUUUUCAGAUAACACCCGAAUGCGACGAGGCAGUUCGAAAAAACUACCAUGUUGGAAUUCUAAAAUACGUUCAGGCCAUCUUCGCUCAUUUAGGGCAUAGUGCGCUUCAAUAUUAUACGCCUCGUGGGCUUUGGAGCCAUUUCAAGUUGCAGGGCGAACCAGUAAAUUUGCGCGAGCAACAAGAUGCGGUUGAAUUUUUUAUGUCACUUUUUGAAAGCCUUGAUGAUGGAUUGAAAGCUCUCGGAUAUCCUCAGUUGAUGGGGGCUACCCUUGGCGGAUGCUUCAGUGAUCAAAAAAUUUGCCAGGAUUGCCCGCAUCGUUACAGCAAAGACGAGCCAUUUAGUGUUUUCAGUGUAGAUAUUAGGAACCAUAGUUCGCUUACGGACUCCCUGGAACAGUAUGUCAAGGGAGAGAUUUUAGAAGGCGCUGAUGCUUACCAUUGUGAUAAAUGUGAUAAAAAGGUGGUGACCGUUAAACGGUUAUGUGUGCGGAAGCUACCACCUGUUCUAGCUAUUCAACUUAAGCGAUUCGAGUAUGACUACGAGAGAGUAUGUGCGAUAAAGUUUAAUGAUUAUUUCGAAUUUCCACGAUGGUUGGACAUGGAGCCAUACACAGUAUCUGGACUGGCAAAAAUUGAAGGAGAAGUAAUUGAUAUUGACGAUAAUCAGUUGAACGAAUCGACUGAAACAAGAUAUCAGUUAACUGGAAUCGUUGUACAUAGCGGACAAGCUUCCGGUGGACAUUAUUUCAGUUAUAUACUUCAUAAAGCUCCCGAUGGAUCAGAAAAGUGGUAUAAAUUCGACGACGGAGAAGUUACAGAAUGUAAGAUGAAUGAAGACGAAGAGAUGAAGGCCCAGUGUUUUGGUGGUGAUUAUAUGGGUGAAGUGUACGAUAACAACUUGAAACGGAUGCAAUAUCGUCGUCAGAAACGUUGGUGGAAUGCGUACAUGUUGUUUUACACACGGUGCGAUCAGUCGCCGACUGUUUACUCCAACUGUGUGGAACAGCUAUCAUUGGCUGAAAGCAAGCAUUGCAUACUUCCGAUGCCUGCUUCCAUAGAAAAAAGCGUGAGAACGCAAAAUAUUCGAUUUCUCCACGCUAAAAGUUUGUAUUCAGUAGAGUUUUUCACUUUCAUUAAAAAAUUAGUUACUAUGCCACAACUCCAAAGAAGUGAAAAAAUUGAAAAACUGCCUUCGUCUGCGGAAGAACUAUCGCUAAUGAGCAUCCAGCUUGCUUCACAGUUUCUGUUUCACUCAGGAUUUAGAACCAAGAAAAGCAUACGCGGCGCUGCAAAUGACUGGUACGAUUCUCUUAUUCAACACGUUCGAUGUUCUGCUUUGGUGAGGCAAUGGUUUGCAGAAAACGUGCUGCUAAAUCCGCCAUCAAGGCUCAGCGAGUACAUACUUGCAGCACCAUCUCCGGAGAUCAGAUCUGUAUUUGGAAAGUUAGUUGUAUUUUUCUGCCAUUGUGCUGCGCAUGAUGAACCUGUACAGGGCUACGAGGGAAGCAAUCUUUGUGAACAAGUUUUAAUUGCCAUCCUGUCUCUGUUGAAAGGAGAAGUUGCCGAGUACGGAAAGCAUUUACCGCAAUAUUUCAAUCUCUUUAGUUUGUACGCGGGAUUAGGACUCCACGAGAAACAACAAUUGAUAAAGCUAAACGUUCCAGCAAUUUUCAUGAAGGUAGCGUUAGAGGAUGGCCCAGGGCCUCAAAUCAAAUAUCAGUAUCCGGAUCUAAGUAAAUUGCAUCUCGUGGUAUCGCAUUUAAUACGCUCUUGUGAUGUAUCUGGCCGCUGCCAGAGUUCUAAUAAUGCAUUUCCGGUCAAACCAAACGUAUACAUCGAUCCACACAUGACACACGAUUCGCUGAUGCCAUUAUCACCGGAAUGUAACGAUUAUCUCUUCAAUAGAGUAAACUACGUAAAACGAUUAAUCGAAGAUACAAAUAUAGGCGAAGAGGGCGUUCGACUUCUACAGUAUUGUAGCUGGGAAAACCCACACUUUUCACGGGCCCUGUUGACUGAACUUCUCUGGCACUGUGGUUAUGCCUACUGGCAAGAUAUGAAGCAUCAUACAGAAUUGCUGCUGCAUCUACUGCUUAUUGAGGACUCAUGGCAGAACCACAGGAUUCACAACGCAAUACUGGGCAUCUCGGAGGAUAGAGAAGGAUUGUUGGACAUUAUCCAACGGAACAAAAUCAAUUACCAAAAACGCGCAUACCAAUGUAUUAAGUGCUUAGUCCGGCUGUUCACUCAAAGCCAGGUAGCAUUGAACAUGUUGCAAAAUACGGUACAACUUGCUCGACAAUGGGCAGACGCAGUCGAAUGGCUGCAGGACGAGCUGGAUCGUCACCGUGGAACGAGUGGCCAUUACAAUUACAACUCAUGGUCCCCGCCGACACAAAGCAAUGACAACACCAAUAGCUUUGUGCUGGAACGGUCCCAGUCGGCCAAAAAUAUUCUUCAAAUGGCGUUCGAUCUGUGCCCGGAAGAGGAUCAGGAAGAUCCCAAUGAGCAAGAGAUGGAAAACAACACGGAAAAUCAUCAAGUGGUUCCUCUGACCACGGCCAUAAAUGAAACAACGAAACACGCUUGUAUACAACAGAAACAACCACUAUUAUUUCACGAGGAAAAUCAAAAUUCUAGUCCAUCUUCAUCGACCUCUGUUACUAAGUUAAUGUCCAAAGUAAAUAUUCACACAGAAGUGGGUUAUGAGCCAGCGACAUCUAAAGAACUGACUUCGGUUCAAAACGUGAACUCCUCCAUCAAAGCUCAACCCGGACCAGUUGCCGAAAACGAAUCGUCAUCGGUGAUUCGACCCGAAAAUGUGUCAUCUCCGGUCGAGCUGAUGAGCACCAGUCAAACUCGAAAUACGUCUUCUCCUACUUCUCCUACUGUUGGCACAACUCCUACUAGUUUAUUAAACAACUCUAACAUGGAACAACGGACAUAGGGCCUAUGUCAUCUAUGUUACGUUUCUAUGUUCAUGUUUCUAUUGAUCACAACUGCUUAGGGUUUGCAAAAGAAAAAGAUCGAAAGAGAAGAGAAGAAUUGUGUAUAAAUAAUAUUAUUUAUAUAAAUUAUUUAAAUUUAAAACUACAAACCAAAAAUACAACAAUAACAACAUUAAUUAAAAUACAAA